AUGAUGUCUCGACUCGUCAAGAAAUCUCCGUCUCUUUGCACGGAUCUACCACUGGACACCACGGACAUUUGUAACAAGCUUAAUUUGCUGAGGCAGCUUCUGAGGUCUUGCUUUGGUCCCACAGCUAGACUGAAACAAGUUCAUAACAAUAUUGGUGGGCACGUUGUAACCACCUCAUCCUCCUCGGUGCUCCUUCCAGCCAUUUCGUCCUCGCAGCCUUUCAUCAAUCUGAUAAAAACCUCCAUUCUCAACCACGUCUCCCGUUUCAGUGACUUUGGUUUGUUUGCUGCCAUUUUUUGCCUGGCUCUUAUUGAGCAAACAAAGCAGUCUGGUCUCAGAGGAAAUGUGGCUAUCAGAGUGAACAAGCACUUGCUGGCUCUGUGCUCCAGUUACCUUCAAGGAGAAGACUGUGGUUGUAAAGUGAAGCUCGACUUCUGCAGCAGCCACAAUCUGAUCACACUAGCUCGGAGUAUUAUCUCCAGCAAACCAGCAUGUGUGCUAACAGAGCCGGAGACGCUGCACAUCAGCAAGUUGACAGUGCAAGCUUUCCUGCUGACUGUGCCCUGUAGCAGCCCAGGUACAGUCAGCCUUGGCAAAGUAGUGACUGUCACUGUUGAGGGCUAUUCUGUGCUGAACUCUGCAGUAUUUCCAGGUUUAUUGGUGGACAUGCCUGACGGAUUAUGCCUCAACAAGGUUAACUAUCUGUCAAAUCCGCUGCAAAUGGUGCUGUUCAGUUCAUCUCUCGCUGGGGACCUUUCUGAAUUAGGAGACGGGAUGAUAGAGGUGCACCCAAGCGUGGACACAGAGUCACAGAUUCUGGAUCAACUUCUGGAGCUUGGAAAACAGGUGGUUGCAGAUGAGGUGAAGCUCUUUGUAUGCCAGAAGGUUGUCCACCCAGUCUUGCAGCAAUACCUGAGGAGCCAUGGAAUCAUAGUGGUAGAGAGAGUGGGAAUCACUGUCAUGGAGCCACUUAUUCAGCUGACAGGAGCUCAUCCGGUGGCCACAUUACAUGCCAAAAUCCCACCCAAGGCCUAUGGAAAGGUACAAGGGCUCAGCAUGAGGCAGUUUGGAUCCAAGACAAUGCUGCAUUUACAACCUCUGGGGGAGUCAGCGAUCUGCACUAUGGUCCUCUGCCACAGGAAUGAGACAAUGUUAAGUGAGCUGAAGGUGGUGUGCCAGAAGACAGAACACGUGUUGAGGCUCACCUUAAGGGAACCAUCUGCCUUAUUUGGAGGCGGGUGCACUGAGACCCACUUAGCUGCUUAUGUCAGACACAAGAACAAGAAUGAAGUGCCAGAGACAGCAUCAGUGUUAGGGUGCUCCCAGACAGAAUACCUUCUUGGUGUUGAAGUAUUCUGCCGCUCUCUGGAGUCCGUGGCCAGAGCACUGCAGCACGACGGUGGGUACUCUUUAAUCGAUCUGACCCACGCUCACCACUGGACUCUACCUGCAGAUGUCAUGGAAGAACACAUGGAGGACAGCUUUGGCCUUUGUGGCUGUGGACUGGUAGAAAGUAGCCCAAGUAAGAAGUGGACUUAUAUAGACACUAAAUACGCAGAGUUCUCCCCUGCACCCCUGGUUAAAGACUGUCCUAUACAGCCACGUGUGCUGGACUCCUUCAUUGCUAAACUUAGUGCAUUACAAGUUGCUACAGAAACUGCUAAUCUUGCACUAGAUGUGAGAUAUAUAAUUCAAGAUGUGAGUUAGCUGAACAGAUAUUUUGUCCUUGUCUAGUGCUGGAUUGAAAUGAAGACUGAAUGCAGCUGUUAUUUUUCGAAGAAGCAAAUCAGUUUAAAUAAUAUCUAACAUGGUUUUAUGAUUUACCCAUUUGUCUGUAUAUUACUAAGAAAUAAUGAUACCAAUCACAAUUAUUAAUCUGUCACCCAUUCGUGAAUUUUAGAAGCAAUAUACACAUUCCAUAUAAUUCAACAUGCCUAAUCUGAAAAUACAAAGACAUGUUCUCACUGCAGUGCCUUGCUGUUCACAAUGCUUUAUGGCACGUUGUAGAUUGUCAGAUAAAAAAAUGUGGUGAUGGGUUUUGUACAAUCGAGUCUGACUGCAAGAAGAAUCAAAAGAGAUUCUUGUGCAGUAAAAUCAGUGUAAUUUCUGUUUUAAAAUGCCAGAUGCCGGUGCUCAUCUUUUGCUGUCUUCUGAAACAAGAUGACUGGCAGGUGUUUUGGUCUCAAAAGAUGAAUGGAAUCAAAGCUUUUCGAAACUUG